AUGACGGAUGAUGAGAUCCUGGACAGAUGGGAGAGGAACCGACGCACGGCUGCUGCUCAGGGUACAUGGAUGCAUGCGUGCUGCGAGUGCUUGUUGAACGGUGGGAUGGUGUGCCUUGCCUCGGAGGAGAUGUGCAUGUUCACCAAGGUCAUACGAGGAUUACAAGCAGAAGGAUGGAUGAUAUUCAGAACAGAGUGGUGUGUUUACUGUGAAGCAGAGGAUGUUGCGGGCUCCAUUGAUGCAGUGGCCGUACGACAGAACGAGUAUUGCAUUCUGGACUGGAAAAGAACCAAGGCCCUUGCUUCCAAAGAUGCUGCGUAUGGACGCAUGAUGCACUUUCCCAUGAACGACGUUCCUGAUUCCGUCCUGUGGCACUAUCGGGUUCAAGUGAACAUCUACGCCUGGAUCCUACGAAGAUACUACGACAUCAACGUGACAGAACUCAGGAUAGUGUGCUUGCAUCCGGACAAUGCGCCGCAGCCACUCAUCGUGAACGUGCCAAUGAUGCAGGACAAGAUCGAAAAGCUAAUGAGCUGGAGAAGGGAUGAUAGACAGCUCCAGAUACACCUCUCCGCAGAGAGUGGAGAUUUACGUGGCGGGAGUCAAGAAGGCGAGCUAUCAUUCUCGCAGAUGUUGGAUCAAGAGAUGGACACUUAUGAAGACGUACUUCCAGAAGUACCCAGUGCAGACGAACGAUCUUCGAAGCGACACAAAGCCCAGGAAUCUGUGGAGGGAGCUACUCCGGAUAAUGCAAUGAGUCAGUUCAUGCGAACGGAUUUCGAUAUGUCAUCCAUCCCUGGUCAGUCCUCUGAGCGCGAAUCUGUUGAAGGGAGCAUCCUCAAGGAGAUCGGCGGACUCGAAAGGAUGAUUACAGCAUAUCGGCCCAGUGCGGCAUGGUCGACCGCCUUUCGUCACGUGGUUCAAGGGGCUCUAGCUGUCCAUCAACUUCGGCUUCUGGAUAUCAGCCGGCGAGAGGAAGUCCUGUUCCUCGAGCUCAUCGAAGGGUCCGGGAGACAUGUCCGUGCCCACAAUGGCCAAUGUUUUUUCUAUUCGGAACAUGGCCACUGGAAUGCUUACAAGGGUGUGGUUCCCCAAGGCACUCUUGCGCGAUGUAAGAAGUUUCUGAUCCAGUUGGAAGGCGUCUACGCGUUAUUCGAGUCAUCUGCCCUACGGAACAGUGAAGGCAUCCUGCAGGCGUCUCAAGCUUUGUUGGAAAGACACUCUGGUUGCUGCGAUAGCCUUCUGGCUGCCUGUGAAAGGGCUGCUACUUGUCGAAUGCCAUCCAAAGCAAACACUCGGGAUGAAGGCGAUGGGGCCGAGGACCAUCGCAAGGCCUUGCCUUGGACGGUGGCAAUGGCCAACACAAUCGGCAAGCUCUAUGUGAAGUUGCAAACCUCCUUGCUCAAUGAUAGUCUCAUCAAGUACUACAUUGCCUGGUGUUCUCUCGACAUUCAGCCCUCUGGUGGCUUUUGCACCACCGAUGCCUGUUUCACUUUCACGGAUGCUGGGUUGCAGGCAGUCCCCAAAGCAGCAGCCAACGACGUCUAUGUCUACCUUCCGCACAAAAUGCUGGAUCCGGUUGCGGAUGACGUGCGGCAAAGAGUGCACUUGUUCUGGCAGACGACCUACUGGGACAACGCGAAUGCAUUCGAGGUCUUCAUGGCCUCGUUCACUCUUGCUUUGCGUGGUGAGAACGUGGACCGUGCCUUCUGGGGUAUAGGCGCAGGUGGCGUGGGCCAAAGUCUCCAGACAGCGCAUUUGGAAGCCAUCCUCGGAGAAUACCACACUUGUCUCGACAUGAACAUAUACUUUGUGGACGAGGAGAUGCGGAAGCAAGCUGCCAACAUCGUCGGGAAAAUUGUCGUGACCGGGCAAGAAAGCGUGCAGGGCUCCCGACGUCCGAUGAGAGAAGACAUCUACAAGAAGCACAUUUCCGCCGACAAGGUGCCAGAGUUCUCGGGAGUCACCGAAGAGACCUUGAACUCCAUGUUUCGGCGGACGGCAGUAUGCAAAUACAAAAGCGUCUUCGUGGAUGCGGCCCGCAUCGCCGGCAAGGAAAAACUAGCUGCAGCGCAUGGUAUUUUUCCGCGGGAUCCCACCUUAAAGGACUUCUUACGGGACGGGCCUGCUUGUUUGGUAACACUCCGUUGCUUGUGGAACUACGCACGAAGUCGCACCGCUUUCCAAUGUCGUGAUGUUCUGGAAAAGUAUGCUGUUCGUGGUGGUGACGGUGGUUUGACUCUGGCGACGGUGCGGCGCAGCUGUGGUCUGAGUCCGGAUGAAACGGCAACAGUCGAUCCGCUGCACGAAGUUCUGGAAUCUCUCACGUCAAAGAAGGAACCUUCAGGCGAGAUUGGCGGGAGUAAGCCAGACGUCUCUCAAGCUCGAGACAUGAUCGCCGCUCACCGAGACGAAGAGAAGCAGACUAUUCAACAGAUCCGUCAGUGGCUUUGUGAUGAGCGCAAAGACUGGUUCACAGUGCACCAGUUGAAGAGUGCCAAGUCCAAGUUCGCGUUCAAUUUCAACAAGCAAGAGGCGCAGAAGGUCAUUGAGAAGCUGACCGCGGAAGGCAAGCUGAUUUCAGCCCCGAGUACGUUGCCAAAGGUUGGCCAGACCACGAUCUUCCUUCCAACUUACCCGUGUGAAAAGGCACUUGGUGAUGUUGUCCCUCUGAAGCACGACGAAAACCUCAUCUUCACGGAAGAAUACAAUGUCGAGAAUGUCUGUUCUCGUCUGGCACCGACCUCUUCGAGAAGCCUGAACUUGAAGACAUUGGCUGAGCUCUACAGAAAAAGAAUACAAGGUCCUUCCAGAAAGAAGGGUGCUCCCAAAAGAAGCACGAAUGCGGACGUCGAUGAUGCCAAACUCCCACAAUCACUCGAGGAUAUGAUGAGCAAGGAACGCGCGCUGUACCGGGAGAUCCAGGAUGCAAAGCCAGACUUACCCGAUGCGAACGACCGGAAUGUGACUGUACAGCAGUCGUAA